AUGGUGGAAGAAGAGCAAAGGUCCGUAAUCCCCAGCCAGCUUGGGAACAUCCAUAGAGGGAGAGGAAGAAAGAAUGGAGCUCUCAUCGGUCUCAGCCUCAAUAGCUUGACCAUCCUCUCUUUCUGCAAGAACCCGGAGCUGCGGACCCCUAGCCGUCUGCUGGUGCUGAACUUGGCUCUGGCGGACAGUGGGAUCAGCCUGAAUGCCCUAGUAACAGCCACAUCCAGUUUCCUCUGGUACCAGUCUCCUCCCCAGUUCCUGGGCUCUGGUGUGAGGGAUGACCCUUACUCCUCUACCCUUUCUGCCUGCAGAAACUUCACCAGCUUCCUCUUCACCAUGGCCUUUUUCAACUUUAUCCUGCCCGUCUUCAUCACACACACAUCCUAUCAGCUCAUGGAGCAGAAACUCAGGAAGACUGGCAAUCCCCAGGUGCCCGCUCUCAUUGCCAAAAUGGUGCCCACGAUCAACGCUGUGAACUAUGCCCUGGGCACUGAGAUGGUCCACAGGGAAAUCUGGCAGUGCCUCUCGCUGCGGAGAAGUGAACGGGACAGAGCGCAGAGAGCCUCUCUGUGGGGCUGCUCAGACCCAGGCCCACCCCUGCCGCCCUGGACUGAGCCCCACGCCAAGAGCCCUGCCUGCAGCCUCAGAAGCCAAGUUCCAGACACGCAUCCUCCAUCCCCAAUGGCCCUGAUGAGCCUGGCCCUAGGCUGGACGCAGGGGACUCAGAGAGAAACCAGGCUACCUGGAAGAAGCUGGGGCUUUGGAGCCAGAUGGACCUGAGUGUUGGUCUUAGCCCUCCACACAGAGGCUGAGAGAGCUUGGGAAAGUCACUGUCCCCAAUCCCUAACAUAAGGCUUUAAUAGAGACUCCACAGGGCUAUUGUGAGGCUUGAACAAGAUGAUGUGUCCUCACCACACACAUAGAAGCUGCUCAUUAAACAGAAUUGUUAGGA